AUGUCGGUCACAUGCUCUGAACGAGACCCACUUAUCGAACGCGCCUCGGUUUCCGCGUUGUCCUCGCUGACGAAACGCGCCGUCUCGAAGUACGGGCUCGACCUCAAGUCACCAACACAGUCAUUGUCUCAACCGCUUGGACCUCUCGAGAUGUCCAGCAGAGCGAGACAUGGCAUCCUCGCUGGUAUCUGGCUUGCGCAGUUCCUCUCUGCCUUGAAUCUAACGUUAGUGCCUACGAUGCUUCCUGAAAUAUCUUCGGAGUUCCGUAAAUCCAACGAGGCAAGUUGGGUAGGCACAUCGUACCUCCUCGCUACUUGCACGUUUACCCCUCUCUACGGACGAUUGAGCAACGUCAUGGGUAGAAAUGGUGCAAAUCAAUCCGCGGUCCUAUUUGCUCUCUUCGGUAUCUUAUCAUGUGGGCUGUCGAAUAGCAUGCAAAUGCUCGUCAUCUCUCGUUUCAUAUCUGGCAUGGGUGGAGGUGGAAUUUUUACGACCUCUUCUAUAAUCACGAGUGACAUGUACACCAUGCGCUCUCGAGGAUUCGUUCAAAGUAUAGGAGGCAUCUUCUAUGGACUUGGUAUGGGCCUCGGCGGCCCAGUCGGCGGGCUUAUCACUGACUGGCUAGGGUGGCGAUGGGCGUUCCUCAUCCAGAUCCCGCUGUUCGUGCUUUCCUGGGUGCUGACAACGUACAACUUGACAUAUGUCAUACCGGGUACAGGCAGGGGCACCAAAGAGGUGCUAAAGCGGAUCGAUUAUGGCGGUAGUUUCAGCCUUCUCGGAGCAGUCGGUCUUCUGUUAGUCUUCUUGAGCGUUCGAUUCAACGAAGGGCUCGAGUGGUCCGAACGCACAGUCUGGAUGUCUUUACUGGGAUCGAUUUUCUUUGCGAUUCUCUUUAUCGUCAUUGAGAUAUAUGUCGCGGUUGAACCCGUCCUACCGCCUUAUCUGCUCACCCAGAAAGUGCCAGUCCUCGUCGGUUUCAGCAACGCACUCGUCGCCGUUUGCAACCUCUCGGUAACAUACUACUUUCCGACUUGGUUCCAAACUGUUAUGCUCUCGUCGGCGUCUACGGCAGGGUUGCACUUAUUACCCAACAGUAUCUGUAUUUCCAGCGGGUCUUUCUUUGCUGGAUGGACGAUGAAGAGGUAUGGAUGCUACAAGUCCCUGAACAUGAUUUUCGGAAUCCUGCCAUUCUGUGCCGCGGUCCUUAUGACGCAAAUGAAGGAGACGUCUAAUUCAGCUCAUCUGUGGUUGACGAUUAUGCCACUCGGCUUCGGCAACGCGAUUGUUCUCCAGACCAUGUUUAUUGCUUUGGUGUCACACCUGCCCGAAUCGCAGAUGGCUGUUGGAACGGGCUUUGCACAACUGUUACGCGGGUUAGGCCAAGUAGGCGGGCUCGCCCUCGCUUCUGCGGUCUUCCAGUCUCGUCUCAACACUGAGCUUCAUAAGAGCUUCCCGAAUGGGUCUGAAGAGCUCAUCAUGAAGAUCCGGCAUUCCGUGCGCUUAGUCGGGAGUCUUCCUCCUGAUACCCAGCGCUUGGCUAGAGAUGCAUACGCCGCGAGCUUGAAGUCCGUCUUCAUCCUCGCCGCAUCUGCGUCGAUUCUUGCGUACCUUGCGCGUUUACCGAUUCCGGACAAACGCCUAGAAGACUCCGUACCCAGGACAAAUUCCCUCGAUUCGGAAGACUCUUCGUCUGACAUGGGUCCACAUGUGGAAGAGAUCAGGGAUGACGAGGACAAAAUUAAGAAAGAUUCAAAAAGCCGAUCCAAGACCAAAUCAAAGAAGAAAGCCGCGUCGAAUAAUCUUGACAAGGCAGCCAGCACCGCUCCACCCCCCAGUGAACUCCCACCGAACGAAUCACCCCCCAAGAAGCGCCAGAAGAUGAACAACCGAGACGAUGUUGAAGACGUUCCAGAGCGUGUGCCCACCUUGAAAUUAGCAGGAACGUUCGACCUGUACGCGAUGGAACUCUCUUUCCUCAACACCGUCUACGCCCCGGAGGACAAUGACGGGAGCUUCUUCUCCGAGGAGCUCUACCUCACUCUCCUCGAGUAUCAGGCCAAGAACGACAGGACCGCCAAAAUCACCAUCCCAGACGCAUACAGCCAGGGUGCGAACGGGACAUUCCGCUCGAACGCCCUUUGCGAUCCGAUGGAGGACCUUCCAUUCCAUAUCGGCAUCACUGACAUUCAGGAGUGCGAUGGUACUGAACUUAAGAUGUCGCUCGACUAUGGGCGUCCGAAGGAGGAUUGGGUCGGGAAGGGAUUGCAGGCCGCCCUCGAGUUGGACGACCCGUACGGGUGUUCUGGCCAUGGCACGUUCAGGAUGCGGCCUUUGUGGAAGAAGACGACACCAUCGGGAGUGGUUAUGGAGCUCUUUGAGGGGAUAUUUUCUUUUGAUGUGAUUUACGGAUCACUUUAUAGGCGGAAGGGCCAUGGAGACGGCAUAGAGUGUCCUGACAUUCCCUUCUGGGGUAUUCGCGCAGAAGAAAAGUGA